UCCGUGCUGGUGGUGGGUUCAGAGGCCGACCGUGGGACGCCAGCGGAAAGCAAGAGAAAAUUUGGUUGCCAGCACCACCACAUUUUCAGCUAAAAUGGAGCAAGAAGCCAGUGACCCCUUGAAAGACCUGGACACCCAGACACAGUUGACAGAGGAUGUUUCCAAAGCCAAGAAAUGCACAGUGAUUGGCGGCUCUGGAUUCCUGGGGCAGCACAUGGUGGAACAGCUACUGAAAAGGGGCUAUACUGUCAAUGUUUUUGAUAUCCGCCAAGGAUUUGAUAAUCCCCAGGUGCAGUUUUUUCUGGGUGACCUCUGCAGCCAACAGGACCUGUACCCAGCUCUGAAAGGUGUAAACACCGUUUUCCACUGCGCAUCACCCCCACCGUCCAGUAACAACAAGGAACUCUUCUAUAUGGUGAAUUACCUUGGCACCAAGAAUGUCAUUGAAGCUUGCAGAGAGGCUGGAGUUCAGAAACUCAUCUUAACCAGCAGUGCCAGUGUCAGCUUUGAAGGUAUCGACAUAAAGAAUGGAACUGAAGACCUCCCUUAUGCCAUGAAACCCAUAGAUUACUACACCGAGACUAAGAUCUUACAGGAGAGAGCAGUUUUGGAUGCCAAUGAUCCUGAGAGGAAUUUCUUAACCAUAGCCAUCCGCCCUCAUGGCAUUUUCGGCCCCAGGGAUCCCCAGUUGGUCCCCAUCCUCGUUGAUGCAGCCAGGAAUGGAAAGAUGAAGUUUAUGAUUGGAAAUGGGAAGAACUUGGUGGACUUCACCUUUGUUGAGAAUGUGGUCCAUGGACACAUUCUGGCUGCAGAACACCUCUCCAAGGAUGCGACCCUUGGUGGGCAGGCCUUUCACAUUACCAACGACGAGCCCAUCCCUUUCUGGACUUUCCUGUCCCGCAUCCUGAUAGGCCUCAACUAUGAGGCCCCCAAGUACCACAUUCCCUACUGGGUGGCCUACUACUUGGCCCUCCUCAUGGCACUGCUCGUGAUGCUCAUCAGUCCCGUUGUCCGACUGCAGCCCACAUUCACCCCGAUGCGUGUUGCACUGGCUGGCACAUUCCACUACUACAGCUGUGAGAAAGCCAAAAAGGCUCUGGGCUAUCAGCCCUUGGUCGCCAUGGACGACGCUGUGCAGAAGACGGUGGAGAGCUUCCUGCACCUGCGCAGAAGCAAGGGAGGGGCCUAAAACUGAGCUCUCACAAAGCGUCCCCUGCCCAGUAACUCUUCCAGGCAGGCCAAUGAACUCACGUCUUCCAAAUCA